AUGUCAUCCAGCAAUUCUGCUUCACAAUCAUCCUCAGUUUUGGGUUCAUCACGACCUUUUGCCUCCAUGUCUGAUCGUUCUCAUUCUUCUAAUAUUAGCUUUGAAGCACGACCCGAAAUUAAACAACAGACUUUUGACGAAAUAUACGGGGUUCCGGAAAAUUUUUUGGAAAUAGAAGUCAAAAAUCCACAAACUCAUGGCUUUGCAAGAAAGAUGUUUACGGAUUAUGAAAUAAUUUGUCGGACCAAUAUUCCCGCCUUUAAACUGAAAAGUUCUUCUGUUAGGAGAAGGUAUAGCGAUUUUGAAUGUUUUAGAGAUAUACUGGAGCGCGAAACUACAAGAGUAACAAUUCCUGCUUUACCUGGAAAGGUAUUUACUAAUAGAUUUUCAGAUGAAGUUAUCGAGCAUCGUCGCGAGGGUUUAGAGAGAUUUCUUCAAAUUGUUGCAGGUCACCCGCUGCUACAAACGGGAUCUAAUGUUUUAUGUGCAUUUAUACAAGACCCUCAAUGGGAUAAGAAUCAGUGGAUGUAA